GGGAGCCGGGAGCCCGAAGAGCAGACGCGCUCGCAGAGCGGCGGGGCUGUGCGCACGCGGUCCCCAGCGCAGAGAGCCCGGGAGCGGACGGAGCGGGCGUCCAGGCGGCGCCCCCGCCGCGCCGGCCGCCAGCGAUGCCCCGCAGCCUGCACGCCGCCGCCGUGCUCCUGCUCCUGUGCUUAAAGGAACCGCCGGCCGGGCCGGCCCCGCUCAACGGAUCCAAGUGGAGCUAUUUCGGUCCUGAUGGGGAGAAGAGCUGGUCCAAGAAGUACCCAUCAUGUGGGGGCGUGCUGCAGUCCCCAAUAGACCUGCACAGUGACAUCCUCCAGUACGAUGCCAGCCUUGUGCCCCUUGGGUUCCAAGGCUACAAUGUUUCUGCCGAUGAGCAGUUUCUCCUGACCAACGAUGGCCAUUCAGUGAGGCUGAACCUGCCCCCGGACAUGCACAUCCAGGGCCUCCGGUCCCGCUACAGUGCCGCGCAGCUGCACCUGCACUGGGGGAACCAGAAUGACCCUCACGGCUCCGAGCACACCGUCGGUGGGAAGCACUUUGCCGCGGAGCUGCAUAUCGUCCACUAUAACUCGGACCUGUACCCCAACGCCAGCACCGCCAGUAAUAAGUCAGAAGGCCUCGCCGUCCUGGCUGUUCUCAUAGAGAUGGGCUCCUUCAAUCCAUCUUAUGACAAGAUCUUCAGGCACCUUCAAGAUGUAAAAUACAAAGGCCAAGAGGUGCUCAUUCCAGGUUUCAGCAUUGAAGAGCUGCUUCCUGAGAGGCCUGAAGAAUACUACCGCUAUAAAGGGUCCCUGACCACGCCUCCUUGCCACCCCACAGUGCUCUGGACAGUCUUCCGGAACCCUGUGCAAAUCUCCCAGGAGCAGCUGCUGGCCUUGGAGACUGCUCUGUACUGCACACAUCUGGAUGACCCAUCCCCGAGAGAGAUGGUCAACAACUUCCGGCGGGUCCAGAACUUUGAUGAGAGGCUGGUGUAUAUCUCUUUCCGACAAGGGACAGUGUUUGAGGGCAGUAACAGAGGAUCAGAAGAAACCAUGCAGGAACUUGAGUCUGACAUCCCAAAGCAUCAUCCUUUCAGUGGCCCUGGCUGGCGUUCUUGGCAUCUGUGUUGUCCUGGCAGUGUCCAUUUGGCUUUUCAGAAGAAAGAAGAGCAAAAAAGGUGACAACAAAGGAGUCAUUUAUAAACCGGCCAUCAAGAAGGAGACCGAAGCCCAUGCCUGAGGCCUCAGAACCCCUGGGCAUGUCCGAGGAAGGACUUCGUUUUGGACACUACACACUGUGGCUCCCGAGACACUUGAAAUACCUGAGGGUUCUCUGAAGCACAGCCCACAAACACUCCAGGCCCAUGGGGGGCUUCCUGGUGGGUGCCCUGCCACCCUAAGGCCACGGCCACCGGCCAGUGCGAUAUAUGGAUGGGAAGAACUCGCCAAGGAGGCAGGAACUCUGAGUCUGCUUCAGCUGGGUGGACCACAAGUUGUCUGGAUUCUGGGGACACAAGCCAAGUCACUCACUGGGGGCUGUUAGUGGUCGUGAAAGACUUUUAUCCAGGGAUUCAUCUGAAUGUGAUUUCAAGGAUCCUGGAAAUCCUGCUUCUUGACGAAGCUUUCAGACCUGUGUGCACUCUUUGCUUAGGAUUUGCUUUCGGGACUCAAGUUUCUUUCCUCAGGGAAGGGGUUAUUGCUCUCCUCUGAUUUCCUUCUGCUAUGACAAAACCUUUGGUCUGACCUUACAAUUGGGAGGAAGAAUGUUACAGGAAGGGUCAAGGUAUCAGAGACAAGAGAAAACAAGAGCUAUUCUUUGAAACACAAUAGAGGCAUUUCCAAAGUCCUGUACUUUGGUUCAAAGGCACUAAAGGGACCUGAGAGGGUGAGAAUGAGAAGACACCUAAGGUCUGGAGGAACCUCACUUUGCAGUCAGAACUAGAGUCAGAAGUUGUCUGUCAAGAGCCCUAGGUGUGAGAAGGACAGAAUAUUGAGGCCAAGGUCAACCUCCUGUCAGCAGGGCAGUUACGCUCUGUACUCUACACUUUAAACAUGAUUAGGCCAUUCCUUGAAAAUGUGUUGUUUUCUGUCUCCUAGCCAUGAGUUCUGAGAUGACUCAAACUGCUUUUGAAUCUAGAGGAAACAGGUAGAAGCAAAAUGACUCAAGAGCUUUGUCUCUUUUGCCCAAAGAGACCACUUAUGUGGUGUCUCUAGUGCCUUUCUGGAAUUGGGACUUACCUACUUCUCUGACUUUGGGGAUACUGAGUCGAAGCCUGGUUAAAACCUAUUUUCAAGCUAAGAAAGCAGGAAGUUAUCUGUGCAGGGUAGGGGCACUAUGAUAUUUAGGGACCAAAAAUAAUGGAAUGUUACAAAGAUUCUUCAUGGUCUUCCCCCAAGUCAUAGGCAGUUUCUGAAAAGACAGAACUCUUUUCCUAGAUGUAAGAGCCCCAUGGAGAUCAGUUAGUCCCUGACUGUGAAGGAGCCUCCAGCACCAACCUCUCGUGGCCAGCACUUUGCAGUUCCCAGAGAACUUUCUGAUUCCUGGUUUCAUUAUUAUUUUUCCUACUCCUCCUCCCUCUGACUCUGAGAAGUCUUCUCCCUUCUCUACUGUCAUGACUUUUUGUAGUGAUGGUCACCCCCAUGGCUUUGUAGCUAGUCUAGGACACUCAGAUGUGUGUGUAUGAGAACUUUGACAGGUUUGGAGCCUGGGGUGGCAUCCCAGCCUUGCCAUUAGCAUGCCUGAUGCUGGUCAAAUGACAGCAGGGACAGCCCUCAUGACAGAGCAAUGUGACUUAGGGGAUGCUUUCUUGGCUUUGGCCCAAAGUUGCCAAUCAGAAACCAACAUAAACCACUCCAGAACCAUGGGGCUCUUUACUUUUUAUGAACAAUUUUGUAAGAGAACAAAGAGAUCAUCAUACCUGGCAUGACAGCUGCUCAAACAAAGGGAGAUCUACUGAGCCAUGAAAACUGGCAUUCCCCCUGCCCUGUAGCUGAGAAAAAGCAAAGCUAGGGAGGCAGGCAGGAGGCUCCAAGAAUCAACACUGUCAACUUCUAUGUGAAUCAUUAUGGGACUCGUGAGGACCCAGCACCUUUGGAAUUGGGAAGCCUUUCUUCAGGUUCUCCCUUAUUCCCACUACAGGAAACUAGCCACUGGUGUGUGACACUCCUCUGCCUCACACAAACCCAGUGGAGGGCCCAGGUGCUGUGCUAGAUGCACAGCAGGUAGAGAUCACAAAACAAGGCCCAGACUGGGAAAAGGACACAGGGAACACCCUGGGUUCUUUGCUUCUCACUAACGGGAUAGCUUGAAUCUCUGUGUUCUGAUUCUUUAGUAACAUCUGGUAAAAAUAGUAACAACUUAUACCUGUUUCCUUAAGAGACGUUCUAGGAUUUUCCUGCACUGACUAUUAAUUAAUCCUAUUUUGAGUUCUAGAUUCUUCCCCCCUUGCUAAACUCUCUAAAGGCCUCCUGAGCACUGCUGGGGAGCACAGGGGUCUGCAGCACCCUUCCAUCCCUGUGCCACGGAUGGAUCACAGGCCGCUGUGAUGGUCUGUUUAGCACCUCUGUAUUUAUUGUUAAGAAUGAUUGUAAUGAAGAAAUAAACUAUAAAUAUGAGAAAUUAUAAAUAAAAUGUUUUUCACAUGACACUGA